CGCCUGCCGACGCCGAUGAAAAGUGAAAGGAACUCCACCAACUACGUGAAAGGCCUCUCAGUGUGAGUCAUCGUGUAAACUAACAGCGUUUUCUUGACACUUUGUAAAUCAUCAAGUGGAGCAGCUGAGGGAGGUUAUCAAUGCAUUUAGCAAGACCAAAGUCUUCGAAAGGGAGGAGCAGACCCGCCGUUGACAGCUUGCUACAUCCAGGUGGUUCACACAUCGACCCGAAGCCCCCAAACUAUCAACUCAGGGGCAAGCCGGACGGAACCGUCCGCUCCCUGUCCGAGCCUGAGCUUCGGCAGGCCCGGCGGUGGAACAAGGAGGAACUUCGGCACUUGCUCCCGCAGGAGCCUGAUGCUGUUCCGAGAGUAUCUCUAAAUAAGUACAAAGUCCUUCCAUCCAUACCGACCAGGAAGUCCGAGAAGAGGUCGCAGAAGAACUUGGAUGAAAUGAUGGUACAGCUCAACCUGUCUGGAGAAGUGACCAAAAGCAGGAGACUGGAGCAGGAAGGGACUAAUGGGCAUCUCAGUGUGGGAGCCUGGUGUGAACCCUCAGAAACAGCACCAACACCUAAUUCAGGCAGUUUGCUUCUGGCUGUAAGAGCGCCGUGCGGUCGGAGGUUUGAGCAGUACUUUGACCCCACCGACACCCUGCGGGCGGUGAAAGCCAGCGCAGAGGCUCGGUUUGCUGCCACCUACAGAACGGCUUUCAUCGAGACCAUGGAUGUGCCACGCAGAACCUUUACAGACAUGGACAUGACCCUGGAGCGGUGUGGCAUCCUGAACAGAUCAGUGCUGUGCAUCUCUCAGAACAGUGACCAUUUCCAGCACUAUUAAACAAAGCGCUGAUGCAAAAAUACCAUACUUUAUUGAGCUAAAUCAUUAAAGUAAUUUUGAAU